AUGUGGGAUCCCCAGGAACGUCUCACCCUCCAGUGGAAGAAUCACCCAUCGCGACCGUCCGCAUUGCAACCCGGUGAGACCUUUCGUCCGCGAUCCGUCUCGCCCUCCGCACGAAAGAAACGGCAACCGAUCGCUGCCUCACGCGUCACCGCCCAUUACGGAACGGCCGAAACACCGGCCCGCCGCACGGAGUCCCCCCACCCGUACACGCGCACCGAACAUUCCCCGCCCCGUCCCGAGUCAACUACAUCCGAUCACCAACCACAGUCGAGCCACGAAACUUUGGAUCCCGAUCCUCCACUUUAUUCUGGGCCCGUCGACGACGAAACACACAGCGACGGGGGCGCUCGUAGCACACCCACUGCGGGCCGCGACCAAGGCAACAAAGGUGAUUCCCCUCCACCAACGUCGCGACCCAUUCCCGUCAAGCCUGAAAGUGACGUCGGGACAAAACCAUCUCCGGAACACGUCUCCGUAGCGUCGCUCGUGGCACGCUUGGCGGCCGUCCGACGUGACAAUCCGGACGACGCCUUGGCGCAGAUUGAUGCUAUUUUACGACAGGAAAGUGGAUCCAUGUCGCAGUCGCAGAAUACAGCCUCGGAUUUGCGUUCGCAACUCAGUCUGGCCAGCGGCAGUCGCAGUUACACCCCGAGCAUCGGUACGGAUACGUCCGUAGCGAACGUCUCACCCCCACCGGACGCUGUGGAAACAGUCCACGACGAGCCAGCCGAGGAGGACGUGGACUAUGCGGACAACGACGACGAUACUUCCGUUUCCAGCAUUACCAAUCCGACAUAUCUGGGAAACCACGCGCAUCGGAAAAGAGGUAUGACUGCGUUUGCCACGACCUACCGACGACCAAGGCCUUCUUCACUCCAGGCGUACAACAAACCGCAACGCCAUCGCGGCACAGAGGCAUUGCCGAUUGUUAGUGAGGGCCCCGAAUCCAAACGCGAAAGCCGUCGCCAAAAGAGUAUCGUGACGCCACCAGCUACCAUCCAAGUCGGAGCCGCCAAGGACAGCCCACAUGUCGCGCGGUCGGCCACGGGCGGGUCGGGCCGACCGCCAUCCCCCAUGGAUGUUGUGGACGACUUGGUUGAGGAAUUUUUUGCCAAGGGCGGCGGUGCCAAACGGGAAGUGCAGGCAUCGGCGUCGGACGAAAUCGAAGAAAAGCUGCGACGCUGGGAUGCCAUGAGUACGCCUGAUCGGGAAGAAGCCAAGGCACAAACUCGGUCCGUUACGUCAGGGGAGGCACAGCAUCUAGCGAUACCGUACUCCAACGCAAGGUCCUCUGCCUCUCAAAGAUCGCCCACAUCCGACGCCAUUGAAGAGCUGUGCAGCAAAGUUACCAAGGAGAGCGUGAUUGCUACCCCCAGUCGAAGACAACACCCUUGGGAUUCGACGACAUCGUCAGACGAUGGUCCUGUUGGGGUCACAAGUGUGGAUGGGUCCACUGGUGUGGAAGUGGAAUACACUCCUCUCGAUACCGAUCUCAGUUCAUCGAAACAGACUCGCUCAUCUCCAUAUCGCCAUCCGUACGAUGACCAAACUCGUCAGGAAGCAAAUCACUUUCCUAUCGAACCGAUGUACUCGUUUGAUGCCUUUGAAGACGCGGAGCAGGUGAACUGGGGAACGACGCCAAGUUUUUCUGGGGAACAACAUGCACGCUCGAGUGGUCUCGCGGAUGAAUUUGAUUCGGCUUGGGUGGAUCUCCCAUCCUCCGCAUUCUUUCCAGAAAGCAAGCGCUUCUGGUCCAACGGAGAGACGGACUCGACUGUCGGACGAGUCGUCCCGCUAAAACCAGAACCAAAAAUCGUCCGGGACCUCGGUACCAACGACAGCUUCGGCAAUGUACACAAAGACAAAUCACAAUUUCACACGAACAGCACCGAUUAUAGCGUCCCCGACGACGAAUCCGCAACGACUCCUUCAAUUCAUGGUAACGUGCAAAAGAUUGAAGCUCGUGUCUAUCAAUCGAACAAUCGACCUGGAGCUCGAUACUUUCCGCCAGCACGGGUAUCGGCACCUCACACUUCGGGCAGCUACGAACAGGGUCGGUGGGAAGAGGAAAAGUAUGAUACCACCGUCACGGCGACUCAAUUUCACGUGAAUGCGAGUCCAAAAGCCCCCCGGGGUCUACGAGGCUUUCUCAAUCGCCGGUACAACAAGGGGAACUCCGGAACAAGUCAAGUGAGCGUAGGGUCCGGAUCUCGGUACAGUAGUCGUUACUCGCAAAAACGGAUUCAUACACUUUUCCAGAAUGGCAACGAAAGAGAGAAAGAUUAUAAAGAAAUGGAUCCCCCAUACGCAUCGCAUCGGGGUGGACGGGCAUCCCUAUCGCCGAGUCGGGAACGGUCCCGUUCGUUAGACGAACGGCGACUACGACAUCCCGGCAAAGGCCGCAAGUUCAGUCGCUUUGUACCCGUGUACGAUGACGAUGACCGUAAUCGUACAGCACAAGCUUACAGUUAAUACAAUGUGAGAACCUUAUACGUUGGCUACUUUAAAAGGAGGUUAAACAAUCUU